UUGCUUUCGUGCCGCGCCGCGGAUUAUACCUGCGUAGAGAUGUAGCAUCGAUCUACAUUUGUAAGUGCUCCGAGGAAUGUUCAGAUUGAUCCCUGCCGGUUCUUUCCGCCUUCGCUCCACGCGACACCAUUUCCAUCUUCACCACUUAGAUUGUUGACACUAUAUAAUGGGCGUUUCACCAGUAUCUUCCUGCCUCGCACAGCUAAAUUGUGGAAUGGAAAUAUCGCCAGCAGUAUUUCAGAACCGAUCUUCAAACCUUCAAGCAAAGAGCAUACUCCCUUAAAGGCCGGCAAAGCACUUACAACCCCUCUGGUAUUGCGGGUCUCCACGGACGACGGCAAUCGUUUACCAUUAGGCGAUUCGUCUGCUCGUCUGCCUCGUAUAUUAUAAAAAAAUAGCUAUACAUUUUGCUUCAAUCCAAUGAAAGUAAGCUUACUUAAUAAUAUAAUUGGCAUGAGUUUUUGCAAAAUGUUAUGCUUUCUAAGUAAUAGCAUUUAUAGACUACGGUUACUGCUUACCAUCAGGCGAGCCGUAUGCUUGUUCGCUACCGACGUUGUAUAAAAAAAACAAUAGGCAGACAUAAGUAGAGGACAUUUUGUAGAUACUAUGGUCACAACAAGCAAAAGGAAAUAUUCUGGCUUUUUUUACUAAGAAAGGAUGACGUUUUGCGAAAAUCUCAAUAACGUUUCAACUGAUCAUGUUUAAAAUACAUGUAUAAAAUGUUUUUAUUUUACCAGUUUGUCGUCGUAAUUGAUGAACGAUCACAGAGCCAAGCCGCGAGAAACUAUAAGACGUAUGGUGCAGUGGUGCCACUUGGGCACCAAUAUUUUCAAGGGAAACUUAACUUUAUUACUUUCGAAUAAGAUUCAAUUUCCAAGUCAUAAAUUUUAAGAUGUGGCCGUACUGCAGGGAACAUAUGAAGAGUUUCUAGUUGACUAAGGAACCCUAAAAAUGCAAAACCAGAGAAAAAUGUGCAUUUUAUCUUUCGAGGGAACUAAAUUUCAAAAAGCCAUGUGUACAUUACUAUUUUUUUCGAUCAGUGGUUUUUUUCUAGUCGCUUCUCUAUGUUAAUAUCUAAGGUGAGAUGGGGUAAGAAAAACACUAUGACGGUUACAAAAAGUGUAAUUAUUCUUGUCCCGGUGUUCCUCUUACACCAUCUCACCUAAUCAGAAUACAAAAGUUUUUUUCAAUUCGGGUGAGUGAAGGAAACCCGACUAAGUACCUCCACCUUCUACUAUAAUAUUAGGUUUAAUUUCAUCAUCAUCACUUCGCCGAACAAAUUACAGCUUUCUAGCAAUCGCGUUAAAUAAAUUCAUCAAUUUAUAAAACGAGUCUCAAUCCUUUAAUAAAGUAACGCGUGGUUCGAACAUAUGUAUAUGCGAGGCAUUCGGUGCCGACUCGGCGUGCUCUCCACCUGUCUACAGUUACAUCGGCACACGAACGAGCUUUUGAUUUGUUUAACUUUUAUAAAAGUUAACUUGUAUUUUUAGGACGAAAGGUGUUCCGUUUAGAAUAUCCGUAUCUGCGCCGUGUCAUAAGAUGCAGAAGAAGGACAACGCCUCCAUGAACCAGUCAUUGGCGACGGCGAUUGGCUCAGCACCUGUCAUCAAGGCUGGGAUGUCGCCGCUGCUAGGCCCCGAGAACACGCUGUGCGAGUGUCCAUUCUGCUUCGCGAGCAUCAAGACCGCGGUGCAGUAUAGCACUACAUCUCGCACGCACAUGGCCGCAGCCCUUUGGUGCUUGGCAUGUUGCCUGUGCUGCGUGCCGUAUGGAUCGGACUCUGCCAAAAACGCGGACCACUACUGUCCCAGCUGUCAUAGAUACUUAGGUACUUACGAAAAGUAAGAAUAAAUAAACUUGAGCCUCAGUUUUCUUAUUUCGUAUAUUUUUGUAUUCGAUUUUAAGUUUUGAAGCGUUUCAAAAAUGAUUGCAGUAAUGUAAGUUGAAGUUUAUGAGAGAAUUAGUACCCGGUAUAAAAAAAAAAAUGAUGAGAUUACAAUAAUGUAAUAAUUUCUUCAUCCAAAGUAAUAUUACGCUUAAGAGGAAAGAGGACGGCCGAUUCUCCAUACAAACGUAGUCCCCAUUUUCCUCUCUGGAUAUUGACAUGUGUGAAAAUAUUUUUAGAUUAUUUGAUGUAUAUUAACCAUAGCUAUGCCCCUACGUUUGAGUUUUUUCGAUUGUUGUAUAAUUAUAAAAAUUAAGAGCGAAAAACAAAUUUCAUACAAAAUUUUAAAUGCUUCUAACUCCAAUAAUAACUAAAAUUUCCGAAAAAAAUCAAACGUAGGGACAUAGCUGUGGUUAAUAUACAACAAAUUGUGUCAAAAUAUUUUCAAUAAUGUUAAUAUCCACAGAGGAAAAAGAGGACUACGUUUGGAUGAAAAGGUGAUUUCGCGCGGGUCCUCCACGUCCGUCGUAACUUUCAAACUAUUAAAACUAUAUCACUUUGGUUCCUAAAGACGAAUAUGUAGCAAGUUUGUCACUAAACAACUGUGUUAUGGAAAGUACCUAAUUAUUGGUGACGUUUUCAAGCAAAAGGUACCACAUUGUCGCUUGCCAAAAGAACGCGCUGACAGCUUAUUCGUAUAAAGAUACGAGCAAAUUUCGUCCGUAUGGUAAGCGACAAUGUGGUACCUUUUGAUUCACAUUCGUAUGAAGUCACUCUGUAUACAAAAUUAACAUAAGUAUUUGAUGGAGUACAUUUAUAAUAUUAAUACCGUACGAACUUAAUGUUCAUUUAUUUUUUGUAUAGAAAUACAUAAUAAAAUAAUUUCCUCAUAUAA